AUGGGUAUCGAAUUUGAAAAUUUUCUGAAUUCGCCAGGGGUGGUAAAUCUCAGCCAUACAUGUUCGAUCAUAUGCAGUACAGAACAUUUUGUGCCUUACUCUCUCACGGCUGAGGGACGAAUUCCAAAUGGCACAGGGCAGUCUAUUCAAAAGAAACUACGCUAA